AUGGAAUCUCAGUGGAUGGCGGAGUAUCCGCACACCAGCGUGGUGGAUAAGCGUCCCAGGAAGAGGGCGAGGGCUGCAUGGGACAUUCCCCCUCUAAUGCCCCCGUCCAAGGUUUGAUCCGUUCCUCUUUUGUUUGUCAUUUUCCCAGGAAAUAUUUUUUGGAUCUGUCCUCUUUAUUUCCUGGGUUUUGGUUUUUUUCUUAUGGGGCUUUUUGCAUAAUUCUUCAUCGAUCCUUUUUUUCUGAGUUAGAUCUACCCAGUGGUCAUCGGUAAUUCAUCAUGGCACUGAAAUUUUCCGUGAAUUAUGUGUUUUUUUAUGAUCUAGAAAUCGCAGGCAGCCUCUGAUCUAGGUCACUCUAGAAGUUUUGUUUGAUACGUGAUAUCUAUCACUUUAUAUACAGCUCUCUGCUUUUUUUGUUUAACGACAUGCUAUGGAAUGUUCUCACUUGACCAUCUUUCGUUAAAGUCUUGUCGCUGUGGAUAUAUGCAAAACUAGAACUCCAUAAUUGUGAAAUCAUAAGUUACGAUCAUUGUUUUCUGCUAUUUUGAGGUCUUGAUCUUUUGAAGAUCUGUAGAAAAAUGUUCCUUUACUAAAUAUUGAUGUUGUUCGUGUCCUCCAGGUGUUAUAUUGUGGUCAAGAAGUUGUGAACAGCACCAGUUCGAAUCACGUUAUUGCUUCAUCGUACGAUUAUGGAGCACCCCGUAAUGUGUCCCCUCCAUGGAGAGACGAUGAUAAGAAUGGGCACUACAUUUAUGCUAUUGGGGAGAAUCUAACUUCCCGGUGUAAGUGAUCCUGUCUCCUCAUCUUUUUUCCUUGAUGUCUAUGGAUGCUUUACUCAUUUAUUUUUUCAUUUUUCAUAUAUUUAUCUGAUUCUUGUGCGCUUUUUUUCAUUUCUCAGAUAGGAUCCUAAGCAAAAUGGGUGAAGGUUAGUUCCUUUUUUCUUCCCCUCUGUCCCUCGCUUGCUUCUGUUUCUCUGCUUUCUUUCGUGCACAACUAUCACAACUAUUCGGCCUAUGAAAACUUCUUUGUGUUCGUCACUCGUUUUAACUCGUUACCUGGCUUUGGUCUUCAUUUUUUUCAUUCAAUCGGCUUUCUACAGGAACAUUUGGGCAAGUCUUGGAAUGUUGGGACCAUGAAAAUAAAGAACUUGUUGCAAUCAAGAUUGUGCGUUCAAUUCACAAGUACCGUGAAGCUGCUAUGAUUGAAAUCGAUGUUCUUCAAAAGCUAGCAAAGCACGAUGUUUGUGGCACUCGGUAGGUUAUUAUUCUCCAUGUUUUCUCACUUUAUUUUUCUAUAACUAUUAGAUGAAUUUCCAUAAGCUGUUUCAUUCCUUGCAGUUGUGUGCAAAUACGCAAUUGGUUUGACUAUCGUAAUCAUAUUUGUAUUGUAAGUAUUUUGUUGAUGCUGUGAUUUGAUUAGUUUAUGAUGGCAAUGAUUUAUCUCAUUGCUCAGUCAUUGAGCCAGAAAAACUUGCCGAUGGAUUUAAAUGGUUAUCAGGUCUUUGAGAAGCUGGGACCAAGUUUAUACGAUUUUCUGCGCAAAAACAGCUUCCGUUCAUUUCCCAUUGACAUGGUCCGCGAAUUUGGCAGACAACUUUUGGAGUCUGUAGCAUGUGUGUGAACAAUACUUGCUCACUCCUUUAUUUGUUUUACUCAAUCGAGCAUUAAAUUUUUUUGUCAAAAUUUUUCUGUUAGGAACAGCUACUUUCAUUUUUUAUCCUCUCUUUCAAUUUAUUCUUAGCUAUGUGGAUAUUAUUUUAUUUUUGUUACUUUUUUCUUUGUGGAAACUGAUUUGUAUCAUUUUUCCAUUUCUUUACAAUAUCUUCCUGCAGUCAUGCACGACUUGAGGCUCAUUCAUACUGAUCUGAAGCCGGAGAAUAUUCUUCUUGUUUCCUCAGAGUAUGUUAAGGUGCCUGAUUUUAAGGUAUUUCUCUUUCAAUAUUUAUUUUUUUUGCAUUUAUGCUGAUAGAUUGUAUUGGUAAAUAUUUCAAAUAUUUUGAUUACUCCUGGGUGAUGCAUUGGCUAUAAACGGCAUUGCUAAUGAGACAUUUGAUCUGUUUUACACUCUUGCUAUGGAAAUUUUUGUAAAGCUUUGGAUGAGGACAACCAAGGACUGUGCUUUCUUCAAGAAUUUACCAAAAUCAAAUGCUAUCAAGCUCAUUGACUUUGGCAGCACAACAUUUGGACACCAAGAUCAUAGCUAUGUGGUGUCGACCCGCCAUUACCGCGCUCCAGAGGUUAUUCUUGGUAAUUAGCUUUCAACUCUUAUCAAGUAAGAACUAAUGCACUUUGUUAGUGUCCCAAAAAUCAUCUACCUUUGGGUCGAUUAAUUCGAUGCUAAUUUUUUUGUCGAGUACUAAAACUUUUAAAAUCGAAAAUUGCUUAUUCUUUCUUUGUAGGACUUGGAUGGAAUUAUCCUUGUGAUUUGUGGAGUGUGGGAUGCAUACUAAUUGAGCUUUGCUUGGUAAGUUUUACAUUCUAUUAUAUCUCCGUAUUCAAUUACUUAAUAAACUUUGUAUUUCUACCGAGAAGAAUGCUAAUCACUUUCAUGGCUUUUGUAAGAAGUUUCUCUUUAAGUUUUUGGUGAACAUUUGUCCUUUCAAUAUCUGAUGGCCAUGGGUAUCUGACUCAAGUUUCUGUUUUAAAGAACCCCUCUGUGGAUGCUUUUUCGUAGUAAUUUAUUGAGAAAUAAUUUUCAGAUUGAAGUUGAUUUCUGUGUGGAUUCAGAUUAUGAUUUCCUGAUUCUGAAAAAUGCAAGGUGCUUUCUGUUCAUCCUGCCUGUAAAAUGUAGAAUGUCUGUAAUAAAGAAUGAUCCAAAUGAAGGUGACACCCGUGAAACAAAAAAAGGAAAAAUAAAAAUCUUGAGUUGAUUUCAAGUUGCAGGUGCAAGAUAUUGUGCUGAUUGUGUGACAUUUAAUGCAUUGCGUUACCUUUUAAAGUCCUCUCUGGUCCAAAUAAGGAUGAUAUGGUGGUGGAGCUUUUCUUAAUUUACUUCUUCCCCCCUUGGCUCUGUUCCUUCAGGGUGAAGCACUGUUCCAAACCCAUGAGAACUUGGAGCAUCUGGCUAUGAUGGAGAGAGUGUUGGGUCCAAUGCCCCAGCAUAUGGUGAAUAGGGCAGAGUAAGAAUCACGGACAUGCAUAUCAUACUGGCUUCAGAAUUGGGCUCCUCAUCUUUUUCCAUUUUUUUUUUUUUUAUGUAGCCGGGGUUCAGAAAAAUACUUCAGACGCGGCAUACGAUUAAAUUGGCCUGAAGGUGCAAGCUCUAGGGAGAGCAUGAGAGCAGUCUGGAAAUUGCCUCGUCUCCAGGUAGACAUUGUGUUUUCUAUUUAUUUUUGUUCUUGAACAUGAUAUUUUCCAGUGGUGUUGUUGAUCACAAGUCAUUUGUUUUUAUCAUCUCUUUGACUUUAAGAUAUGUUUCGUUUUUUGUUGCAGAACCUAGUCAUGCAACACGUUGACCAUUCUGCGGGGGAUCUUAUUGAUCUGUUGCAAGGGCUCCUUCGUUAUGAUCCUUCUGAGCGUCUGAAAGCCCGAGAAGCCCUGUGGCACCCUUUCUUUACCAGAGAUCCCAGAAGAGGUGUUUAUCCGUUGUAG